GGGAACGCCCCCUCCUUCCUAGGAGCCUGGGAGGCAAAUCGGCCUGGGGAGAUUCCAUGGCGAGGCUGGAGAGGUAAAAGAGAGAGAAGAGUUUCUCAUGCUUUGACAUCAUCUCCUGGCUUGAAGAAAAAGAAAAACUGUCUGUCUGGGAGAGAUUGACAGAAGAGUUUCUCAUGCUUUGACAUCAUCUCCUGGUUUGAAGAAAAAGAAAAACUGUCUGUCUGGGAGAGAUUGACAGUGAAUGGACAGGAGAAGGAGAAUUAUUGAGAGCCAUCUGCGGCAUCAUUGGGAACAAGCAAGUAUAACAUGGUGAAAUGAAUGUUUGGAAAUGAAAGGGAUUUAAAAGGAACGAGGGAAAUCAGUGUACGAUUGAGAGGAAGAAAUCUUCUACUCCUUAGCAUGUUGACAUCCAGAAAAGCUUGAUCCAGCAAGAAGACUGCAAAGAAAACAGAACGGAAAAGCUUCCAGUGUGAGGGAGGAAAAAUCAAAUAUAAAUUAAAUGAAUGGAGUGUAGGAGGAGCUUGAGUCACAGUCAUAACCUAAUUGAGCAUAAAGGAAUCCACAUGGGGGGAAUUAAUCUGCAUGAAUUAAAUGCAUGAAGUGUACAAAGAGCUUCAGUCAUAGCACAAGUUGUAUUUCACAUCAGAAAAUCCACACUGGCGUGAAACUGUUUUAAUGUGUUGAGUAGGGAAAGACCUUGGGUGAAGCAGAAAACUUAUUUUGCAUCAAAAAACCCAUGCAGGAAAGAACCCAUGUAACUUUAUGGAAUGUGUAAAGAGCUUGAGUCAUAACAGACUUUAUGACUAAUAACCAGUACGGAGGUCUAGCUAUUUAAAUGUGUGCAGUGUGGAAAACGUUUCACUCAUAGCAAUAGCUUUACUGCAUAUCAAAGAACGUUUGCAAGGAUGAAGGCAUAUAAAUGUAUGGAGUGUGGAAAGAGCUUCAGUCGUAAACAUAACCUUACUACACAUGAAAGAACCCAUACAGGGGUGAAGCCGUAUGAAUGUGUGGAAUGUGGAAAGACCUUCAGUCAAAGUGGAAGCCUUAAUUUACAUAAGAGAAUCCAUACAGGGGUGAAACCACUUAAAUGUGUGGAGUGUGGGAAGAGCUUCAGUCGCAGAGAUAGCCUUGCUACACAUGAAAGAACCCAUACAGGGGUGAAGCCGUAUGAAUGUGUGGAAUGUGGAAAGAGCUUCAGUCAAAGCAGAAAUCUUAAUUUACAUAAAAGAACCCAUACAGGGGUGAAACCACAUAAAUGUGUGGAGUGUGGAAAGAGCUUCAGUCAAAGCGGAAGCCUUAAUUUACAUCAAAGAAUCCAUACAGGGGUGAAGCCAUAUGAAUGCUUGGAGUGUGGGAAGAGCUUCAGUCGUGGAGAUAUCCUUACUACACAUGAAAGAACCCAUACAGGGCUGAAGCCGUAUGAAUGUGUGGAGUGUGGAAAGACCUUCAGUCAAAGCAGAAACCUUAAUUUACAUCAAAGAAUCCAUACAGGGGUGAAACCACAUAAAUGUGUGGAGUGUGGAAAAACCUUCAGUCAAAGCGGAAACCUUACUUUACAUAAAAGAAUCCAUACAGGGGUGAAGCCGUAUGAAUGUGUAGAGUGUGGAAAGACCUUCAGUCGUAGAGAUAUCCUUACUAUACAUGAAAGAACCCAUACAGGGGUGAAGCCGUAUGAAUGUGUGGAGUGUGGAAAGACCUUCAGUCAAAGGAGAAACCUUAAUUUACAUCAAAGAAUCCAUACAGGGGUGAAACCACAUAAAUGUGUGGACUGUGGAAAGAGCUUCCGUUCUAGUGCACACCUUACUUCACAUGAAAGAACCCACAGAGGGGUGAAGCCAUAUGAAUGUGUGGAGUGUGGAAAGAGCUUCAGUCAAAGUGGAACCCUUACUGUACAUCAAAGAAUCCAUACAGGGGUAAAACCACAUAAAUGUGUGGAGUGUGGAAAGAGCUUCAGUUCGAGUAGCAACCUUAUUUCACAUCAAAGAACCCACACAGGGGUGAAGCCAUAUGAAUGUGUGGAGUGCGGAAAGGCUUUCUCUCGUAGAGAUAGCCUUACUGCACAUCAGAGAACCCACACAAUGGUAAAACUAUUUAAAUGUGUUGAGUGUGGAAAGACUUUCAGUCGUAGAGACAGCCUUACUGUACAUCAGAGGAUCCACAUGGGUGAAGCUGUAUGA